CUGCUAUCUGGCAUCGCUCUAUUGGAGGUGAAGGACCGCCUGUCCCCUCUCUGCCUUUGCUGUCAAUGGCUAUCGGGACGUAUUUCAUUUGAAUGUCUGGGCGAUAUAAGUAACCAAUAAUGGAUAUUUUAUGGAUAUUAUGGACCAUACCGGCCGUAAUAGCUGUUGAAGAGACGCUUAUGGACUCCACUACAGCCACAGCGGAGCUCGGCUGGACGGUCUACCCCGUGUCAGGGUCGAGUGAUAAUAGCUGGGAGGAGGUGAGCGGUUAUGAUGAAAACAUGAACACCAUACGGACGUACCAGGUCUGCAAUGUUUUCGACAACAAUCAGAACAACUGGGUACGAACCAAGUACAUCCGACGCCGUGGUGCUCAGCGGAUCCAUGUGGAGAUGAAGUUCUCCGUGAGGGACUGCAGUAGCAUUCCCAACGUGCCAGGCUCCUGUAAAGAGACGUUUAACCUCUAUUACUAUGAAUCUGAUGCCGACACAGCCACCAGAACCUCCCCAGCUUGGAUGGAGAACCCCUGGAUCAAAGUUGACACCAUCGCAGCAGACGAGAGCUUCUCCCAGGUGGACCUAGGGGGCAGAGUGAUGAAGAUCAACACUGAGGUCCGGAGCUUCGGCCCUGUGUCCCGAAAUGGCUUCUACCUGGCAUUCCAGGACUAUGGCGGCUGCAUGUCGCUCAUCGCUGUUCGCGUCUUUUACCGGAAGUGUCCCCGCAUCAUCACUAAUGGGGCCCUCUUCCAGGAGACACUCUCAGGAGCUGAAAGCACCUCCCUGGUGGCUGCAAGAGGAGUUUGCAUCCCUAACGCGGAGGAGGUGGAUGUGCCAAUUAAGUUGUACUGCAAUGGAGAUGGAGAAUGGAUGGUACCCAUCGGACGCUGCAUGUGCAAGGCUGGAAACGAGGCUGUAGAGAAUGGGACUGUGUGUCGAGCCUGUCCGUCAAGCUUUUUCAAGCCAACUCAAGGAGAUGAGCCCUGUAUGCAGUGUCCCAUCAACAGCCGCACCACCAGCGAAGGCGCCAUUAACUGCGUUUGCCGCAACGGAUACUAUCGCACCGACUCAGAUCCUCUUCAGAUGCCAUGCACAACUGUCCCUUCAGCUCCACAGACUGUCAUCUCCAGUGUGAAUGAAACCUCUGUGAUGCUGGAGUGGAUGCCUCCUCGGGAUUCCGGUGGCCGCGAGGACGUGGUCUUCAACAUCAUCUGCAAGAGCUGUGGCGGAGGCCGGGGAGGCUGCACCCGCUGCGGGGACAACGUACAGUUUUUGCCCCGUCAGCUAGGCCUGACAGAAACCCGGGUCUACAUUAGCGACCUGUUGGCCCACACGCAGUACACAUUUGAGGUGCAGGCUGUCAACGGGGUGUCAGAUCAGAGCCCCUACUCUCCUCAGUACGCCUCAGUCAACAUUACCACUAACCAGGCCGCUCCAUCCACAGUAUCUAUAAUGCACCAGGUCAGUCGCACUGUGGACAGCAUCACCCUCUCCUGGUCCCAGCCUGACCAGCCUAAUGGAGUCAUCCUGGACUAUGAGCUACAGUAUUAUGAAAAGGACCAAUCAGAAUAUAACUCUACCACCAUCAGGAGCCAGACCAACACAGUGGUCAUCCGUGGCCUCAAGCCAGGAAGCAUCUACGUGUUCCAGGUCCGAGCCCGCACCGUGGCUGGGUUUGGACGCUACAGUGGCAAACUGUACUUCCAGACCAUGACUGAGGAGGAAUACAACACCAGUAUUCAGGAGAAGCUGCCUCUCAUCAUUGGAUCAGCAGCCGCUGGCUUGGUCUUCCUCAUAGCUGUGGUCGUCAUCAUCAUCGUCUGUAACCGGAGGCGUGGCUUUGACAGAGCUGAUUCUGAAUACACAGACAAACUGCAGCACUACACCAGCGGCCACAUGACUCCAGGAAUGAAGAUUUAUAUUGAUCCGUUCACAUAUGAGGACCCCAACGAGGCUGUGAGGGAGUUUGCUAAGGAGAUUGAUAUAUCCUGCGUGAAGAUUGAACAGGUCAUUGGUGCAGGUGAGUUCGGAGAGGUGUGCAGUGGUAACCUAAAGCUCCCAGGUAAAAGGGAGAUGUUUGUUGCCAUAAAAACGCUGAAGUCUGGCUACACAGAAAAGCAAAGGCGGGACUUCCUCAGUGAGGCCAGCAUCAUGGGCCAGUUCGACCAUCCCAACGUCAUUCACCUGGAGGGCGUGGUCACCAAGAGCAGUCCCGUCAUGAUCAUCACUGAGUUCAUGGAGAACGGAUCUCUGGACUCCUUCCUCAGACAAAACGAUGGGCAGUUCACUGUGAUCCAGCUCGUUGGUAUGCUACGUGGCAUUGCCUCAGGCAUGAAAUACCUCGCCGACAUGAACUACGUGCACCGCGACCUCGCUGCCCGAAACAUCCUGGUCAACAGCAACCUCGUGUGCAAGGUGUCAGACUUUGGUCUCUCGCGCUUCCUGGAGGAUGAUACAUCAGACCCCACCUACACUAGUGCUCUGGGAGGGAAGAUUCCUAUCCGAUGGACUGCACCCGAAGCUAUCCAGUACAGGAAGUUCACCUCCGCUAGUGAUGUGUGGAGCUAUGGGAUCGUCAUGUGGGAAGUCAUGUCCUACGGAGAGAGGCCUUAUUGGGACAUGACCAAUCAAGAUGUCAUCAAUGCCAUAGAACAGGACUACCGGCUGCCUCCACCCAUGGACUGUCCCAGUGCGCUGCACCAGCUCAUGCUGGACUGCUGGCAAAAGGACCGCAACAACCGGCCCAAAUUCAGUCAGAUCGUCAACAACCUUGACAAGAUGAUCCGCAAUCCCAACACGCUGAAGGCCAUGACCCCGUUAUCUUCGGGUGUUCAUCUCCCUCUCCUGGACCGCAGCAUCCCAGACUUCUCCAGCUUCAGCACUGUGGACGAGUGGCUGGAUGCCAUCAAGAUGGGCCAGUACAAAGACAACUUUGCCAACGCUGACUUUUCUACAUUUGAUGUGGUGUCCCAAAUGACCAUGGAGGACAUUCUGAGGGUUGGUGUGACGUUAGCAGGCCAUCAAAAGAAGAUCCUCAACAGCGUCCAGAUGAUGCGGGCACAGAUGAACCAGAUCCAGUCGGUGGAGGUUUGACCCUCCCGAGCGGAGCAGAGGGGAGGAAAAAAAUGAUCGUGGUGGUUCGGACGCAGGGCUCUGGAUGUGGAGGAUGGAGUGGAUGUUUUUCGCGUUACACUUUGUCUGGGCUUCCUACCAGACUAUCAUUCAUCCCCCGUUCCUCUCUCCACUCCCCUCUCUCCUCAUCCUCCUCCCCCUCCUCCUCCUCCUCUUAUCCCCUCACCUCUGGCUCUCCCUCCAUCUUUGGGAUCAGCUGUGGAGAGUCAUGGAAAGUCCAUGUGAUGAGGCAUCAAGAGGGCCCACAGCCGACUCACCAAGGGAGCUUAGAAACAUGGGAGGUUAGAAGUGACCAGCAACGCAUUUUUCAAUCUUCCACCAAUUUUCAUUUGAUGUUGAACAUUUCUUUUUUUCUUUUUGGUUUGUUUGUUUCUGAUAAUUUUGUAAAGAAUUUUUUAAAGAAAAAAAAAGAAAAAACUGAGAAAAGGCAAGGAGUUUAUCUAAAUUUAUAGAUGAUAUAAGGUUGUACACUAGAUGAACUGAGUAGGAAAGCUACCCUUUAAAAGGGCAAAAAAAAAAGAAAACAAGGAAGAGUUGAGGAGAGAAUCCUCAACAAGGUGUGGAUAACGUCUGCCGUUUUUAAUUUCGGAUGUCACGAGGAAACACGGAGUUCUCUGCUGCCUCCUGAACGACAAAACACAGAGGAUACCGAGGAACCCGAUGUACACUCCCUACUGUUUCCCCAGGAGAAAAGAAAAAAUGAAAAAAAGAAAAAAAAAACAUGAAAUGGACAACUUUUGGCAUAGACUGAUGUCAUAAACAUUAAUUCACACGGUGAAAUCAACACUCAAGAAAAAGAAAACAGCUUUUUUUUUCUCAUUGCAAGUAAUUUUCUAUAUUGUGUGAAAUUUUGUGAUGAAGAUUCCGUCUCACCAUGCUUCCUCUCACUAUAGACAAAAUGACAAGUUUGUUUUUGUUUUCUUUCACAGUGACAUACUCACAGCUUGCCAAAUACAAACUCUUCUCUCUCUUUUUUUUUUUUUUUUUUGCACCCCAAUCAUGCUCCUGUACUGUACAUAUCAAGAUGCACUUGACCUGCCACAACGCAAAGACUCAGAAACAGUUCAUCGAUCCGUUCAGGAGCGCAAGAACUGACCACAGGGUUUUAAGUUGUUGUUAUCAUCAGUUUCUUUUCUUAUUCUGUGAAAAUAAUAAGUUGGGGAGAAGAAAAAAACAAAAACUUCCAACAUACAUCCUCUUUCACAUUGUUAAUUUCCAGUGCCGUCUGCAUAUGUGCACAUGUUGCACGUGCAUACCACAUGCACAAAGAAGCAGUGGCUCCCGUUGGGAUUCGUGUUUGAUCGCAUGCUGAGUGAGUGGUUAAUUUCACAGUGCUUUGAUUUGCUGCAAUUACUAGAACUCUGUUUGGUAAGAGCUUGGAUUUGACACACUGGCUGCAUUAUAUUCAGUGUUUCUUCUUCUUCCAAUUUUCCUUUUUUUUUUUUUUUUUGUUCUGAAAAGAUGUUUUUAUGUUUAAAGUAUUAAAGUUUUGAUACCACACAUGGUUGUUUUACACACGCAGUCAUGAAAGACUACAAUCAGGCGUUUGCUGAAUUCAAAACAAAAAUGCAAUGUGUUAUAUUUUUGCAAUUUCUGUAUGGAUAUUUUUGAUUUGUUAUUAUCAGUUUUUUUUCUGCACUGAGUCAACAUUUUGACUCCAACAAACACUCUGGAUCUUCCAUCAAUGCUAAGAAAUUUAUUUUGAAUCAUGUUGGUGCACAAAACCAUGUAGAUAAAAACGGCGUUUCCCUGUAACAGGAUUUUGAUUUCAUUUUAUAGACAGUAUAUGCAUUUAUCGUAUGGUUUCCUGUGAACAAUACUGUCUCAUGAGUACAGAGCUGUCAAUCAUUGUUUGUGUCGUCAUCUGUAACCUGGCAUUAAGAAGGGUUGUGAGGGGAAAGAUGGAGUUCGUAGCAAUGCGCUGAUUCCCUGGAGACGGUGAAUCAGGCAUGGGUUAAUGUACACAGCCAGUAAAUGAUAUCAGCAGCCCAGAGUUCCUACUGGGCCCUCUGCUCCGAGACCUGACAGCCAGACAUGGACGUCCAGCUGUGAGCCAUCGGUAAGAUGUGUCCGGUCACAGCGGGGCGGCUGCGCCUCCAUCACAGCCGCUCUGUCCAGGCACUGAUUCCCUCCUCUCUCUCUCUCUCUCUCUCUCUCUCUCUCUCUCUCCUUGAUCACAUACAUGCCUGUCAGCCACCUGUCCACCGCUCCCACUGAUCUCCACUCAGUCUGCUUUCAGCAGUUGUCUGGUUUCGUCUUGGAGAGUUUUUAACAGCGCCAACAGCAUCAGGCGAACUGACACUCAUCAGUGGGGCAGUUGUGUCUUGUCUUGUCCUGGUGCUGCAUGUCUCUGACCAUGUGAAAAAAAAAAAGUUCCUCUGGACAAUGCUGGAAUGUUUGCUCAUACCAAAUUCUCAGACUUGAACUGAGUUUUUGUGGUGUCACUACAGACAGCUUUAGCGCCAAAGCCUUGGUUAAAGAGAGUGAGAAACCUCAGUUGCUGCACCCCUGUCUUCUUACCUUCCAUUAUCCCUGGCUGUCCAGAGAAUUUACGCCAGGAGUGGAGGAGUGGAUUUUUAGUUUCUUUCUACUCCAUAAUCCCCUCCUUGGUUAUUUUCAUCUCCAGCGCCACACAUCAGAACGAAUAAUUCCUUGGAAGCAUUUAUAACAUAUGAAACUGGAGGAGGAGAAUCAUGAGCUGUUAGUCAUAGCUGAGAGGCAAGGGAGAAGUGAUGCUGUGACCUAAAUGCCACAAAUGCCAACAUGCAGUUUGCUUUUUAAACCGAGCUUUAGACCAUCUUCCUUUUCCAUUUCUCAAUACUUAACAGCUCAUCAAUUUCAGGUUGUGAGGCUGUAUGUCUUCUCCAGUACGGCAAAUGUUCCGUCGUCGGGAAAAACACUUAAUGUUGUUCAUGAAAUUAAUCUAAAGUACACACGAGGCCGGUGAGUUUUUGUUCCGGCCCUAUUAAAGCUCAUUCAGAUGCUUGUCCGUGGAUGCUGCCAAGAGUUAUUAAUCAAGCAAUUAUCCUUGAACUUUGCUUGAAGGAACUACCUUAAACAUGGCGUGCAGAAAUACUAGACAUCAAAUAGCGCUGAACUUUAUGUUACAGACUGUCAGUAUAUUGUCACCGCCAAGAGAAUACCUUCUGUAGGGUUAGUUUGUUGUUUUUCCGUUUCAUCUGAAGGAGUUUUUAGAAAACCUUUUGAUUGAAUGUGGAGUGUUUUGAAAGCACUGCAUGAAGUAUUUAUGUAUCUUAUGAUUUUGAGGGCACAAAAAAAGACUUUUUGUUGCAGUUUAAGCUGAGCAAUGAUAGUGGGAGAAGAAAAUUACGCACUUAUGUCAAGUGUUUCUAGAGAUUCUGACUUCCUUUUUCAACAGCAGACUGGCUGCUUUCUUUCAAACAAAGCUCAAGCUGUGAAAAAAAAAGCCCUGAUAUCAAAAUUCUAUUAAAAAAAAUGUAUAGAAACCUGGCCAAAAGGAAUAUUGGAUCGCUGGGAAAUUUACUGUAUGUCAAUUGAAGAUUUGUAUAUACAGAGAGGCAUUAGUUUCUUUUAAGUUUAAUUCACUUGCUUUUUCCCCUUUAAAACAAUGAUUUUCUACUGUUCACUUUCCAGGAUACGUAUUUAACAUUUCAGAUUACUGUAAAGAUUUACAGGACCAAAAAUAUCGACACCAUCUACACAUGCAGACUCCAGCUUCUGCAGAUAAAAAAAAAACUUCACAGUUUUGCUCUGGAAAUUGAAGUAAACGCAAUGUGGUCAUGACGUUCGCCUACUGCCGCUUUUCAGCAAAACAUACUGUAUUUUCUCUUCUUACAUCUGUGAAGCAAAGUUUAAAAAAAAAA